GCCUUUCCAUAUCCUCUCUCUCUCUCUCUCUCUCUCUCUUCUUUUUGGUGCUGGACCGGAUAAAAUCCCACCCGAAGGACGACAAAGGAAACCAAUAAAAUUCCUGACAUUUUCCUGCCAUCAACACAAGAGUGCGCGCGAGAGAGAGCCAGAGCCAGCCAUGGCGUCGAUUCCUUGCGCUAUCUAUGUCUCCAUCCCUCCUUCUUCUUCUUCGGGGCUGAGAUCUCCGUUCCUGGCUCUCACCAGGCGGCUCGGUUGGCUCCGGGACUCGAGGAUGAGGGCCAAGGUGGGGCCCGGCUGCGCCGGCUCGAGGGCCAGGUGCUGGUUCCGCUUCGGGAACAAGGGCGUCGACGCCGAGGGCGCCGGGAUCUACGGCAGCCAGUCCCGCGACGAUUUCGACCGGGACGACGUCGAACAGUACUUCAAUUAUAUGGGGAUGCUUGCUGUCGAGGGUUCAUAUGAUAAGAUGGAGGCCCUUCUAAACCAGAACAUUCAUCCAGUGGAUAUCUUGUUGAUAUUGGCAGCCUCAGAAGGUGAUAAGCCAAAAAUCGAGGAACUAUUGCGAGCUGGUGCAAAUUAUGAUGUUAAAGAUGCAGAUGGAAGGACAGCUUUAGAUAGAGCAACUAGUGAUGAGAUCAAGGACUUCAUCCUAGGGUUUUCUGUUCCGAAAGGAUGACUUCUGAGUUUCUGUAAUGCAAAAUUAUCUCCCCUUUUUUUCUUUUAUAUUUUUUUGGUCAGUUUUACUCUUGUAGAUUGCUAGAAUAUAUUUAAAUGUUUUGCAGAAUGUGAACCAAAUCUUGCCUGGAUGUUGCAAUUGUGACUAUAAAC